CUUUGGACAUCUUCAAUAACUAGCAUCAACGUUGAACAUGACGCUGCUGGCAACGUUCUGGAUAGAUGGAUCCUGGCGACCAGAGAAGAAGAGCCUCUUAUUCUCCAACAGUUCCUUAGAUUUGGUGAAACAAAGACAAUUUCUCAACAAUUACUUGUACAAGAAAGUAGCGAGAGACAAGAUUAUGUGAUUCAUGCACCCAGAGCUGAUUCUGAUAUUAAAAAAUUCAUUGACAGAACAAACAGAGUUGCGAGCACUGCAUUCUUCAAACACAACAGUGUUUAUACAGCGAGUCCACAUGGUACUAGUAUACAGUCAUUACCAGUUACUUGUUCCUCUAUGUUUAGACAUCCUUCCAGUGUAAGUUCUACACACUCAUUAUCUCCAAACGAAGGUUCUCCAAUUGAGCGAAACAGUCCCUUGGCUAUCUCUCCGCUUAAUAAGCUACAAAAUAUGCAACCGUAUGACUUUCGACGAGAGAAAACCAGCCCCGAAACGAGAACUUCUGAAGCUCCAGCGAUAUCCUUAACUCACAGUACACCUCUUUCCUCUCCUACAACUUCAAUUCCAUCUUUACCCACAUUAAGUACUACUUUAACAAAUCAUACAUCAACUGCCACUGUUAAUUCAGACUUUAGUGUCACAGACGGUGGUUCCGACGACGACACAAAUAGUGCUAUUAACUUAAGCCAAUCGUCUACAGGACAUAUGGAUUCUGUUUAUGCAGCUAAAAAAGUUCGACAUUUAAGAAAAUCAGCCAAUCCGAUGAAAAGAAGGUGGAAUCCAAUUGUCUUAAGCACUCUAAACACGAAUCCUUCGACAGGAAAAAAACGAGUACAGUGCCACGUGUGCCUAAAAACGUUCUGUGACAAAGGUGCUUUGAAGAUUCAUUUCAGUGCUGUUCAUUUAAGAGAGAUGCAUAAAUGCACUGUGGAAGGAUGUAAUAUGAUGUUCAGUUCGCGAAGAAGUAGAAACAGACAUAGUGCCAAUCCGAAUCCUAAAUUGCACACCCCAAAUUUAAGGCGAAAAAUUAAUCCACACGAUGGAAGGACCAGUAAUCCCUUCCCACUUAUUCCACCAAGUGCCCUCAUUAAUUUUAACAGCAAUCUUAUUCCUUCAGGUGUAAAUCAGUUAAUGGACAGAGAUGGUCCCGUUACUCCUGAAAGUGAAAUUACUUCUCAUAUUCCUAUGGGAACUAUGAAAGAAACAGUCGUAUCUCAUUCAGCAUCAGUAUUACACAAGUAUGAUGAGGAUGGAGCACUGCCAUUAACUAAAAAAGCACGAGUAGAACAUGAUAUUGAAGAUGUGAGCAAUGGAGCCGAAGAAGGAAUGGAUCUAACUACAAAAGACGAUGGUCUAAACAAUAGGGGAGUAAGAAAAAGGAAAAGUUUAAACCCUACAAAGUGUGCUGUGACAUCUGAUGAUGAUCUUCAAUAUGUUUCAACAGAUGAUUCAUCUAGUGAUACAUAUAUCGAUCAAGCAGAUGAAAAUGGACUUUUGGAUUCAAAAUCCGAAGAUGGAACUUCUGAUUUAGCGGACGAUUCCAAAGAUGAAGACCUCGACAAAGACGAUCUAGACGAGAAAGAAGAAAAGAGAGAGUCCAGAAUUAUUCGUACAGAAAUAUUACAAUACGAACAUAUUAAAACCGAAACUAUUAAAUCCAGACAUAUGGAUGUAAAAAAUUCUUUAGAUUUUUCUAAACGAGAUUUAUCUAUAAAUCACAAUAAUGAAGUAGAGGAUUUAUCUGAAAAUCCAUUACGUCAUUUGGAAUCAUUAUCUCUUGGGGCAUUCAAUAAUAUGGUAUCGACAAAUUCCAGGAACCAUUUGACACAGAAUAAUCCUGUUACUAGUGGUGUACUUUAUCAUGCCCCGGGAUUAGGUCUGGCAUCAUCUCUACCCUCUGAAAGUUGUCGAGAUUUAAAUGUCACGGGGACAGACUUGUCUGGAAACACAAUAGUACCACCGGCAUCGUAUCCUCCAGUUAAUAACAAUAGCGAUCAAGAAAGCGAUCACAUGUCUUUGAUGCCAGUUUAUCGUGAUGCUUCCAUUGGGUCUAACAUGGAAAUUCCUGUAGAUAAAGAAAAUCCCAGAAGAUGUACAGCUUGUGGAAAAAUUUUCCAGAAUCAUUUUGGUGUGAAAACUCAUUACCAAAAUGUUCAUCUAAAACUUAUGCACAAGUGUACCGUAGAGGGAUGCAAUGCGGCAUUUCCAUCUAAACGAAGCCGAGAUAGACACAGUGCCAAUUUGAAUUUACACAGGAAACUCCUUUCGACAUCAUCGGAUAAAGGUGGUGCAUUUUUCGACAAAGCUUCACUGUAUCCUUAUCAUCCAGGAGUUGCUUUAAGGGACGAGUUUUUCAGUAGACUUUACGAUCCUCAGAGUUUGUCUCUGGGAUUUCCUGACAUAUAUCAUGGACGUAUACCGACGUGUGGUCCAGAUGGACUCGGUGCCUCUUUCACAAAUCACUUGGGAGCGAGUAAUCCAUUGUCGACAAUGCCACCUUUCCAUCCAGCAUUUAUGGCACCCACGUCAUCCGCGUCGGGGGGAACGUUAUCGGAAGGAGUAGCCGUAGUAGAAACGAGUGGAAGGAAUUCACCAACAAGCACGAUGAGUUCGGCCCAAAGCCCUCAACCCGCAUCGCCCAGUCCUGCUAAAACAACAUAUCCAGCGUGUUUGGAAGAAGAACUAGGUGCAGACAGCGACGGAAAGUAUUCUUGCGAAUUUUGUGACAAGAAAUUUCACGAAAACGUUGUGUUAAGAGAACAUUACGAAAAAUCGCAUACUCAGGAGGUUCAACGCUGUUCGGUAGAAGGUUGUAACAAAGUGUUCCUAUCGAGGAGGACCCGUACUUUACACGAGGAAUUCCAUAACAAAAAGGAAAAGGUGGCAACCACCUCUUAACUAUAACUUUCAACUCUCUUUCAUUUUUAUCUGUACGAUGGACGUCUAUGUAAUAUUAUAUGCAUUCUGUGCCAACAGUUUCUCAAUCCGCUGGGAAAAACGUCAGUUUAAAGGAGAAAGUGUGAUGUAAUAUAGUUGUUUGUUCGUCGACGUUUCUUUCUCAUCCUUCACUGGUGACGACCUGGUGGAGUCUUCCAGACUAUUUUCUUAAGUGUCUCCGUUUUUUCUCCCCCUUUUUUUUGCCAGAUCGGAGUGAAAACUGCCUCUAGUUAGUUGGACAGUUGGGUGUUGUCCCCGUACGAAAAAAAAAAA